AUGAGCACUUCGACCGACGGUUCGCAGUGGUUCCGCCUGCCGGCGGACGUGCGCCCUGCGCACUAUGAUCUGACGAUCCUUUCUGAUCUCGACCUCCUCGACUUCCAAGGUGCUGCGGACAUUUCGCUGACGGUGCUGCACCCCACGCGCAAGCUCGCAUUCAAUGCGGGCAAGAGCCUCGAGCUGAGCGACGUGCUCGUCUCGUGGGACGACAAGCAGGAGCGUGUGAAGCCUGCCGUCGACUCCGAGCACGAGCGCGCGACGGUGACGCUGGGCGAGGAGCUCCCCAAAGGCGCGCACGUCACGCUCACUGCCGGAUUCCGCGGCAAGAUUGACGAUAGCAUGAUGGGCUUCUACCGCUCCUCGUGGGAGCACGAGGGCCGCAAAGGCAACUAUGCUCUGACGCAGUUUGAGCCGACGUCGGCGCGCCGCGCAUUCCCGUCGUGGGACGAGCCGGAGCUGAAGGCGACGUACACCGUCCGCAUGCUGCACCGCGACGACACGACCGCGCUCGGCAACAUGCUCGAGGCCAAGAGCGUGGCGCUCGAUGCGGACGGCGUGCGCGACGUGCUCAAGAUCGAUGCGCUGCACUACACCGCUCCCAAGCUCGGCCACGGCCAGUGGAAGCUGACCGAGUUUGAAAAGACGCCCAAGGUCUCGAGCUACCUCGUGGCGUGGGCCAACGGCGAGUUUCUGCACAUUGACGGCGCGUUUACCUCGCCGCUGACCGGCAAAAAGGUGCCACUGCGCGUCUACACCACGCCCGAAUACAUCCACCAGGCCAACUUUGCGCUCGAGGUGAAGGAGCGCGUCCUGCCCGAGUACGAAAAGGUCUUUGACGUGGCGUAUCCCCUGCCAAAGCUCGACACGCUCGUCGCCGCCGACUUUGACGCGGGCGCGAUGGAGAACUGGGGCCUGAUCACCGGCCGCACCGGCAUCUUUUUGUACGACGACAAGAGCGGCCUCGCCGGGCGCAAGCUCACCGCGAGCGUGCAGAGCCACGAGGUGGCGCACAUGUGGUUCGGCAACAUUGCGACGCUCGCGUGGUGGGACAACCUGUGGCUCAACGAGGCGUUUGCGACGCUCAUGGGCGAGAACAUGAUCCUCGACCGCGUGUUCCCCGAGUGGAACUCGGCGAGCCAGUUCAUCACCGACCACCUGAACCGUGCGCUGGAGCUCGACGGUAAGCGCUCGUCCCACCCCAUCGAGCUGCCGCUGCACGGCGACAGCGUCGAGGACGCGAUCAACCAGGUCUUUGAUGCCAUCUCGUACUCCAAGGGCGCCAGUGUCCUGCGCAUGCUUGCGCAGAUGGUCGGCCCCGACACCUUCCUGAAGGGCGUGAGCAUCUACCUGAAGAAGCAUCUGUACGGCAACACGGUGACGCGCGACCUCUGGGACGGCAUUUCCAAGGCCUCGGGCCAGGACGUGAACAAGAUCAUGUCCAACUGGAUCCUCAAGCAGGGCUUCCCGGUGGUGACCGUGACCCAGGACAAGGACGCGAUCCACGUGCGCCAGAACCGUUUCCUGUCGACCGGCGACCCUACCCCGGAGGAGGACGAGACGCUGUGGCACAUCCCGCUCGCCCUCAAGACCGUGUCCAAGGACGGCGCCCAGGUCGACUGGGACCUCGUGCUCGACCAGCGCGAAGCCACGAUCCCGCUCAAGGACGCCGAGCACAGCGUCUGGAAGCUCAACGCGGACACGAUUGGCGUGUACCGCGUGGCGUACACGCCCGACCACCUGCGCCUGCUCGGCGAGGCGGCCGCCCAGCCCCACUCGCCGCUCACCGUCGAGGACCGCGUGGGCCUCGUGAGCGACGCGUUCAAGCUCGCGCAGGCAAACUACUCCAAGACCUCGAGCUCGCUGGCGCUGCAGGAGGCGCUUGCGGGCGACUCGAGCUCGCUCGUGAACCUCGCCAUGGCACAGAACCUCGGCACGCUCGCGAGCGUCUGGUGGGAGCAGCCGAAGGAGCUGCGCGACGGCAUCAACAAGCUGCGUGCGUCCAUCUUUGGCCCCCACGCGCGCAAGCUCACGUUCGAGUUCGGCAAGGACGACUCGAGCGAGCUCCGUGAGCUGCGCUCGACGGUGAUCAGCGCCGCGGCGGCGGGCGGCGACGAGUGGACCAUUGCGCAGAUCAAGGAGCGCUUUGCGCCGCUGCGCGACGCGGGCGACGACUCCAAGAUCCACCCCGACCUGCUGCGCACUGUGCUCAGCCAGUCGGUGCGCCACGGCGGCGAGGCCGAGUACGAUGCCGUGCUGCGUAUCUACCAGAAGCCGGACACGCCCGCGCACAAGAUGUCGGCGAUGAUCGCGCUGGGCUACGCACCGACCGACGCACUCGUCCAGCGCACGCUCGACUUUGUGCUCAGCGGCGAGGUGAAGACGCAGGACAUUAUGUACUUCUUCAGCUCGCUCGCGGCGAACCCCAAGUCGCGCCGCGCGCUCUGGGACAAGGUGUGCUCCGACUUUGACCACCUUGUCGCGCGCUUCGAGGGCAACUUUUCGCUCGCGAACCUCAUCCGUGCGUCGAUCAGCUCGUUCUCGAGCGAGCGCGACGCGGACGAGAUCGAGGCCUUCUUUACGAAGCACGACACGUCCAAGUUCAGCAUGAGCCUCGCGCAGAGCCUCGACUCGGUGCGUGCACAGGCCCGCUGGCUCGAGGCGGACGCCGAGGACGUUGCGGCGUGGCUCAAGGAGAACAAGUACGUCGCAUAG